UGCCCACACUUUCACUAAUAAAAAACCCACCACUUCUCACCUUCACUUUCAACACAGACACUGUUUUGAAAGUUAAAUUCUCUCUCACUCUCUCUCUCUACCGUUACUCCGCUUUUCCCACAGAGAAACUGUGAAAAAAUUAAUUUGUAAUUUAGCUAUGGAGUAUUUUGCCGCUGAUUAUGCUGAAUUCUCGUCGGUGGACAAUGGCAAUUUGAACGGCAACAACAAUAAUAAUGGCGCCCAUUUUACGGUGGAUGAUUUGCUGGAUUUUUCCAAGGAGGAUGAGACAAUGACCGACGUGUUUUUCGAGAGCUUGCCGGGGAAUUCAGGUGAUUCCUCCACUGUUACGGCGGUUGACAGCUGUAAUUCCUCGGUUUCCGGCGGAGGAGACGGCCAGUUCAACGGUAAUAUUAGCUGCCGCAGCUAUAAUGAGCCGCAGUUCUCCGGCAACGAACUCUGCGUUCCGUAUGAUGAUUUAGCGGAGCUGGAAUGGCUAUCGAAUUUCGUGGAGGAAUCAUUCUCAACCGACGACCUCCGCUUCAUCCCCACCACCAACGCCGCCGCCUCCGCCGCAGCCAAAACCGUCUCAGCCGACACCUCCUCCUCCGUCAUCACCGCCCACUCCCCGCCGUCGUCGGUCUUCCCCAGCGACGUCUCAGUCCCCGGGAAAGCCCGCAGCAAGCGCUCCCGCGCGCCGCCGUGCGACUGGUCCUCCCGCCUCCUCCUGGUGGCCGCCCCAUCGCCUGCGCCGAAAAUGGCGGCGUCGAGCAAGCGGGAGGCUGGUGAGGCCCCGGGGCGGAAAUGCCUGCACUGCGCGUCGGAGAAGACCCCGCAGUGGAGAACGGGCCCAUUGGGCCCGAAGACUCUGUGCAACGCGUGUGGGGUCCGGUACAAGUCGGGGCGGCUGGUGCCGGAGUACCGGCCGGCCGCCAGCCCGACGUUCAUAUCGGCGAGGCACUCGAAUUCCCACCGGAAAGUGCUGGAGCUCCGGCGGCAGAAGGAUGUGCAGAGGCAGCAGAUAAUGAGCCACGCCUCGGUUUUCAACGGCUGUGAUGAGUUCCUUAUUCAUCACCGGAACGGCCCCGAUAUGAGGCACAUGAUCUAGUACGGACCACUGGUCCCCACCUCGCUAAUUCUUAGUCUUAACCCAAAAUUUUUCUAAUUUCACUAUGUCUCCUUUUUGUUUAGAUAUUUGAAAUUUUUAAAUAGAUGGUCCGAAUUCAAUUGUAGAACUUGUAAUGCAUCCUGAAUUUUGGUUUCAUACUUAAUUAAUUACCUUUUUCUUAA